GGAACCUGAACGCACCAGAGCAAGAGUGUUGUCAAGAGAGACUUUGCUAGCUUGAGGACACGGCUCACAGCUUGCAAGUGGAGAUAAGUUUGGGUAUAUCUUUUACUGGCAAUAUUGUCUCUGCGGUAAUUGGAAAAUGUUGGGUUAUAUCUGGCAGUAUGUCUACACAUCCUUCCUGAGAUACUGGCUGAAGUGGCUCGUCAGACAGGCAACAGGGAAAUGUGAGCUGCAGAGAAUAUGCUCCGGUCACAAACCUGGGGCAACAAGGACAACAAAAGCAGAGUAUUCUCUCCAGUCUUCAAAGAACAAGGUUUUAAGAGGAGCUUUGGAAACCAACAAGGAUAAAUUAGAAGAAUGUGUGGAUCAAAUUAUGAAAGUGAAGAAUGUCAAACCCCAGAAAGAUCCGCUGUUCAAGGAAAGCCUACACAUAUGUCUGUUACAGAUAACAGGAUACAGUAGCCUGUAUACGUCUGUGGAAGACUUGAGAAAGGAAGUCUUCAACUCAGAGAACCAAGAACACGAGACCAUGCUGUUGAAGCUGUGGGACCUGUUGAUGCCAACAAUCAAACUGGAGUCCAGGAUAACCAAACAGUGGGGAGACAUUGGAUUCCAAGGAGAUGACCCCAAGACUGACUUCAGAGGAAUGGGCAUGCUGGGCCUUAUCAACCUUGUUUUUUUCAGUGAAAACUACACAGAGGAGGCUCGUCAGGUGUUGUCUCAUGCAAACCAUCCUAAACUAGGGUAUUCAUAUGCCAUAGUUGGGAUCAACUUGACAGAAAUGGCUUACAGCCUUCUGAAGAGUGGUGCUUUGAAACCCCAUUUUUACAACACAGUACUGGGCACACCUGAGCUCUGGCACUUUCAUCAGCUAUACUGUUAUCUGGCAUAUGAAUUUGAUCAUUUCUGGGUUGCAGAAAAACCAGAAAGCAUCAUGCACUUUAAUCAAUACCGAGAAAAAUUCCAUCACAUAGUCAAGACGCAUCUACAGGACCCCGAUGUGUCCCUCACACUGGCCGUCCGAUCUAAAAACUAACACUAUUCACAAAUAUUCCCUGACUUCUCCAUGGUCCAUAACCUUGUUUGAUGUGGUAAAAGAAGGCAAGAAGCAUAAGCAAAGCUAAAGGUUAUAAGCAGACUGAAGCUUGUCGGUCACUUAUAUUCCAGCAUAAAUUUGAAGAAAUAAAUCCCCAUGUAUUUGAUUUUGUGAUUUAUUAGUCAUGCUCUGUUCAUCUCGUCACAGUGAUAGUUAAGGGUUUCAAAAUACAGCACAACUCUAACACCCUAUACCUCAAAAGCUGAGCAUUCCAAGGUUAAAUUACCUUUUUUAAAGAGGAAAUGAGAGCUGCUACAGAGUGAAAACAGGUCUUUCUUUUUUAAGGGUUAAAGUACUUUCAGUGAGCGAGCAGCCAACUUGUUGCGGUCAUUGAAAAAUGGUGAUUAACUACCAUGUUUGUAGAGGUCUUGUUUGUAUUUAUUUAACAAGACUUGCGUGUUCUCACAGUUGUCCUGCUCAGGAAUUUAAUUUUUAUGUCCGGAGACCAUGGCUGAAACUUAAUUUAAGUUUUAAUGUAUUGCCCUUGAUGUCAUCUGUAUUCUGUAAUAUAGGUGAUGUGGAACUCAAAAAUGUUGCUUGCCUCCUUUUUCAUAAAUUUGUAUGUCUGAGAUACUGCAAAGACUUACCUUUUUAUUUUUUUGUUGUGGAAGGUAUGUAAUGAUUAACACAUCUUACUCAAAGUUAAUAAAUACAUGUUAAUGUUUUGAAAUGUCA